UUGAUCCGAUCAGACCAUGCACGCACUCCGGCGCGACGCUGAGCGUGUGUGUGGAAUCUCUACUCAGCUUUUUUCUCCGCCAGGGUGGAAAGUGAAGCUCGCUGGCAGCCAAUACGCAACACCAAUAGCAGUCAUGAGCCUCAACCUUCCUACGAGGAGGCUAGUCUCGUCCGCUCCCUCGACCCUGCAAUCCAUUGCACGACCAAUCCCUCGUUCCUUCGUUCUGCCAAUCCGUACGGCCACUCAAGUGCGGAACAAAUGGAGUUUCGGCGGUCUCUUCGGUAGCCGGCGUAAUAAAGCCAGCAGCAAUGACGAUCUCUUGACGGGAGGCGAGAACCUCGACGACCCUAAAGUCCGUCAACGCUUUGCCCAGCAGCAGCAGCCCCAGUUGUCCAGCUCCAUCUUCGAAGAGGAAGUCGAAGAUACCGUUUCCGAGGGCAAGAAGGGUUCCAAGGCCGACAUGGGGCAGGCCUCUCUGAAGACGCCCGAAACCACCGCCUGGCGACUCGACCCCGAUCCGCGAAGCCGUCUCCGUUGGGAACGAAAGAAGAUCAUUCAGAUGGUCCGCCGCAACGGCCGCGUCAGCCGUGCAGAGCGCAUUGCGCAGACCGAGAAGGAGCUGGCGCACAAGAGCCCCUUUUUGGAGACCAGUGUCAAGAAGCUCGUGCACUUGGCGCGCCAGAUCCAAGGCAAGACGCUGGAAGAUGCUGUUUUGCAGAUGUCCUACUCCAAGAAGAAGAUGGCGGCUGAAGUCAAGUAUCAGCUGGAGGAGGCACGGGACUUGGCUGUAGUCACGCGUGGCAUGGGCAUGGGCUCGAGCAAGGUCAAAACGAAGGGCGUGGACGCGGAGACUCGACCCGUUAAGAUCCAGACCAAGGACGGCAAGUCGUUGACCGUCGAAGACCCGACGAGACUCUAUGUUGCCCAAGCCUGGGUUGGUAGAGGGCCUUGGAGAUCAAAGGGGAUCGACUACAAGGGCAGAGGCAGAUUCGGCAUCAUCCUAUCUCCCUCUACUAGUAUUUCGGUCGUGUUGAAGGAAGAGAAAACGAGGAUACGGGAGCACAGCGAGAAGCUCGCCAAGCAGGCGCGGAGGAAGCCGUGGGUUCAUUUGCCCGACAGGCCUGUCACAGCCCAGAGGCCCUACUACUCAUGGUAGGGUAGGCGCACUUUUGAUGAACAGAACUUGAGAUAACGAUACAUUGCCCGGAGCUGCCGGGAAAUCGUCCUGUAUCAAUCAGAAACUGUAAGAAUAUGUACAAUGAAACCCGUCCUAGAACAAAAGCCACUGCAUCUCAUUCGCUGUUC